GUCAAUUGUCAAUAAUUUUGUGACGCGGAGACUUGUAUUUUCUUUAUUUUGCGCGAAUUUAAUUUAGAAUUUUAUUAAAUUUUAAGACAUGAUAAAUUUGAUGUCACAUAACAUAUUUGCUGACAAAUAAUUAUCAAUGAUGGAAGUUUCUAGUGGCGCCGAGGAAGGCUUUGUACGAGAGUGGACCCCUUGUUCCCAUAUUUUGAAUUUAAUACCACCUCGUAUACAGACUGGUAUAUUUUCUAGUGAAUUAUGUUUGACCUGUGUUGACGCGGUGACGGAGUAUAUAGCUCUUGGCACGAACGUGGGGCUCGUUUACUGGUACGAUAGGAAAAAGGGAACUAUACAAAAAUUAAAAUGCGAGACAUCAAACUCUCCGAUAACGUAUGUGAAGAUAGUGAGCACGGUGGACUACAUGGUAGGCGCGGGCAACGCCGCCGGCCAAGUCACCGUGUUCCAGAUCCCGAAAGAACACCCUGAGAACGUCCCCGACACCUUCAAACCUAAGGUGGAGCCCAAGGUCGAGAGGUAUACGAUAGGAGACCUUCACAAAAGUAAGAUCACAUCUAUAGAGUGGUCCAAGAACGGCAUGCGGCUGUUUUCUGGCGACAAGAAUGGAGUUAUAAUCAUGACAGAGAUCGACUUUUACAUGCACCUGUGCAAGUCGAUGGAGAUAGUGAACGAGCAGCACGAGAUAGUCCAGAUGAGCUACCACCAGAGCACGCUGCUGGUGUCGAGCGUGUACCGCAGCAUCGUGUGCACGCGCCGCGCCGGCUGGCACGCCUGGCACGUCAGCCAGCUCGGCAAGCGGGAGAGGAAGAGCCUAUGCGCGCUGGGUGCGGUGGUGUGCCACUGGUACAGCGGCGCGCCGGCCGCGGUGUACUGCGCGCGGCCCGGCCUGCGCCUGUGGCGCGCCGACCUCUCCGGCGACGUGCUGCAGACGCUGCUGUUCAAGGAAGCAAUUUCAAACCCGCUAACUGUCGCCGAGUUGCUCAACCCUUCCGCGCGCAAGCACUCGCACUCGGAGCGGGAAUACAACCUGGGACCUUUGUUCGUGUUCCGCGACCACUUCCUGGUCUCCCAUAACCAGCACUUCCUGUACGUGUUGGACCCGAGGUCGCUCACCGCCAUCGCCGUCGUCGAUGACUUGCGCAGGAUCCUGUCGGUGUCGGUGCACAAGGACGAGAUCUGGGUGCUGGAGGGCCCGCGCUCGCUGCUGCGCCUCGCGCACGCGCCCGAGCCCGCCGCGCAACACGCAGAGGAGCCCAUCACACUGAUGACGAAAUCACUCACCACAUCCAUACAACAAGCAGUGAACACGGUCCGCGACUUCACGCAUAUAGACCAGACGGUGCCGUAUAUCACUAGCGUGCUCGAACAACCGAUAUCGAUGUUCACUAAAAACGAAAACAUCGACAACGGUGCCGUCGCCAGCGCUGAGGAAUGCUUCGAGCUGCCGCCAGUGAAGAACCUGCCAAUCGAUAUAUCGGAUAACGUUCUAGAAUCGAUUAUAAACGAGUUUAGAGAUGUGAGCGAUUCUGAGGAAUUCCGAAGGGCCAAGUCUGAGGAGCUGCAGAAGAAGUUGAAGUUGUACAAUAGUAUUAUGGAGCGUAAGUGUGAUGAGGAGCUGAUCCAUAGUCGUAGGAGUCGGAGGCGGGAGACAGGCUCCGGGGCCAGCACGCCGCGACUCGCCACGCCUGUCAGGAAGCCUGAUAAUGUCAGCUACACCAGCCCCUGUGUCAUGGACAUCAGUGUUUAUGGAAACAUCAAAGACCAAAACGACGAAUUGCUUGAAAAGCAGAUAGAAGAGAAAGAGAAGAUUCUAGCAAAAAUGUUGAAUUUAGAAUCACUAAGCAUCACCACGUCCAAAAUAGAGACUGAAGAAACGAAACCAGUGGAACCGACGUACAAAGAGAUAGAAGUCAAACCGGUAGAUAUAGAGAGUUCGAAACCGACAAAACCGGUGAAAAAUAUAGAACCUACCCCCAUUGAUUUAGUACCUAAAGUGGUGAAAUUACCUAACACUUGGAAUUUGGAGAAUAUAGAACUGAAAUUAGAAGCUAAGAAUGGUUUUAGGGACCGCGUCAUAUCGCCCGAUGAUCACCUGGACAGCGAGUGGGAGAUCAUAUGAUGUAAGCGUAACAAUUAAAUUAUGACGUAAUUAGACGUUACGUAAUAAUUUGAGGUUCGAUAUCAAUUUCGAAUUAGGAAUAAUAUUAACGACUAUUUUGAAAGCAGGUUUUAUUUUUCUUAUAUUUUUUUUAUUUAACACGACCAAGGAGUUUUGAACAUUUUGGGAUUAACUUGAAGUGGACGGCUGUAAAGGCUUUGUCAAAAAAAAAAUGUUGUAACCAGAGAGACUAUAAUUUUAAUUUAGAUAACUCAAGACCGCCAUUAUUAGGCUCUCGAUUUGUCUAUUUCUAAAGGUAAGGGUAAAGUGGGACGUUUAUAGGCGGAAGCCAUAUUUAUUCGGACUUGCCGGCGAGUCCAGAAACUUGAAUUAACAACGUAUUGAUUGUCGAUAUCUUAACCAUAAUUCGCGAAUCACGCACACCAUUCGCGAGAAUAAAUAAAUUAGUACAAAUAUUUUCAGAGCCGGCGUUGUUUUCUAAUUUCGCAGCAAUGAUAAUUGUAACGGGUUAAUAAAAAAAGAUAAUAUCAAAAAACAUUUGUCAUUAAUAAAUUAAUAUUGAAUUACUAUAUGUUCAAUUAAAGAAGGUGACUUCUGUUUAACGGAUUUAUUGAGAGAUAAUACAGAUGGUACCAUUUCGAAGUCUCUGUUCGACAAGUUAUAAAUAAAACUGUAGUUAUAUGAAUUUAUUGCUAUUUCACAAAGCACUUAAUAUUUGAUGGUAUAGCUAUUAAGAAUGGAAACUAUUGUGAUGGGGUUAACAUGCCUAUAUCAGUGUCAUCUCGUGCAGUGUGCUUAGUAAAGGGGCGGAUGUAGAAAUAAUUAGCUGCAACUAAUAGCUCUUUGAAAUUAUACAGCAAAUUAAAUCGGGAAACUCCGCCCCUGCUUUAGUUAUGUAGGUGAAAAAAAACAGAUGCAUUUAUUUGUUGCUUAUUUAAUGUUAAUGUGUGAAUUGUAUUCAUAGUCCACGAUAUCAUAAUAAACGAUGUAGAUUUGCUUAAAAUUAUCACAAGCAUCUGACACGCAGCCGUGUAGAGUGCGAGCCAUGUCAAAAAAGCAUUGGUAGAGCAUGUUUUAUAUGAACGUGAUUAUACGUAAAGCAGUGACUGCUGGUUUAGCUGGUUAGGAUAUAUUUUGUAUCCCCCUGUAUAACGAUCAUCAUACACAACGUCCAAUAAGCGUGUCGGUCCGGAACCAAUCUGUGUGUAUCCUGUUCAAACAGGCCGGCAUAAUUGUGUCGACUGGCGACUAUCAUCUAUCGUCAGUUGACAUUCUGUGCCCGUAUAAAAUAACGUCAUUAUACGUUCUUCGCUGUUGCAGUGGAUACCAAAUAGUGUUUAUAAAUAACAGUUUUUUGGACUAUACGGUUAGGUAUGAUUCUGGAUGACAGUCGUACAAGAAUCAACAUAGUUUUAGGGAGUGGCAUUUUUAAUCUAAGUUUUUUACAAGCGUAUCACAAUUUCACAAUUAUAAUAGGGCGGGAGGUAUGCUUUUUGUAUUAUUAUAUGUAGUAUUUUUGCAAUAUAGUUGGAAAGGCGGUAUGUUAUUUAUUUUUAAAAUGAGACAAAGUCGCAUAUUAAAGCGAUAGUUCAUUUUCAUUCACAAACACACGCCCCUCUACUCGCUAACAGUGUGUGCGAGCAGUAUUCGUACACACGCACACUGCCGUGGACAGCGCCGAGGCUGCGGCUUGGGUCUGUCUACAAAGCACCAUAGAUCAAAAAAUGGUUGGGCGCGUCUUCGUCAAUGAAAUUAUCUAUAUAAAAAACAUCGCUCUCUUAAUAAAAUAACGACCUAUUGCAAAAUUGUUAAUUUGUGGGAGUCGUCCAAAAAUUCAUUCCUGUUUGCGACCUUUUUUAUUUUUCCUUUUUUUUUCAUGCUAUAGCGUUCAUUUUUGACUUACUUACCUUAACAGUUUCAAUUGUAUAGCAACUUAAAGAAAAACGGUUGCAAACAGAAAUGAGUUUUUUGACGAUUCCCACAAAUUAACAAUUUUGGAAUAGGUCAUUGUUUUAUUAAGAGAGCGACAUAAUGUUUUGAAUAUAAUUUGAUAUCAAGAAUUUUAAAUUUCUUCCAUGUUUUUUUAAAGGUUUCGAAGUUUAUAUCUAUGUUUUUAUUGCUUUUGUGUUUUCUUAUGACUAUAAUCCAUAAAAAAAAUUAUACAUUACGUUUGACUGAAUUACUGAUUUAACAUUCUCUUUUUUUUAUAUUAUCUGAAUUAUUUUUUGUUUUAAUUGUUCUUUUUUACUUUUUUUUUAUAUUAUUUUAUGAUGUUUUAUGGGUCAAAGACUAUAACACCAAAGGGGGACAUAAGUAUUUGUUUUGUUGGCUUUAAGAAACAAUUUAUUUUUAACACACAUGUUUUGAUGUGACAUAAUAAUGACUACAAAGGCUCUUAAUUUUUUUCAUAACUAUCGUUAAAUGUGGGUAAUGCGAAUGAAAGUUGAUAGGGAUUUUUAUUGUAAAUUGACAAAUAUACACUGUUGGUGAUAGUAUAAUGCCGCGUCUAAAAAAACUACAUCAGAUUGAUAACUUUUACGGCGAAAUAUACCUAAAUAUGUCGAGGUUUACCUUGCAUUUGAUGGACAAAUUUUAAUUUGGCUAUAUUCGUUACUUUUACGGUAUUUACCAGUGCUAAUGACGUGAUAUUGCAUUAUCUUCGACGAAAUGUGACAAUGUAGAAGUUACAUUCCCGUUCACACCUUCAUUCAAGUUCAUUCAAUUAUAAAUGAUUAAAAAGUGAUUUUAUUUGAUCUGAUAUCAACAUAAUUUUGUCAAACUAAAUUCUAAAACUUUUAUUAUUGUAUUAUUUUUAUGUUGAAUAUUUUUGUAUAUUUUUAUUGAAUUGAAAUUGUAUAUAACUUAUAAAUGCUAAAUCGAAAUGAAUUAAGCUUGAAUGAAACACAAUUUUUAUAAUGUUAAUUAAGUAUCCAUUUUUCCAAUCAAUUGAUUAGUCUAGUAUUUCUGGGUUCGAUCCAUAGAUCUAUCUUUUUUUGUGUUCAUCGAUUUGAAAUAUGUGAGUUUCCAACUAGAUCCAUUAAUUUGCACGUAGAAAGCGCUGUUUAUAGCAAGAAAAGUUUAAAAAUUGCGUUCAGGAUAUUUGAGACUUGGUUCUGUUCCCAGUUCAGGCAAUAUAAAGUUUUUUUCGUGUUCAAGAUUUGCUUCCCCAAAAAGGUUGAUGAUACGAUAUCAUUUGUUAAACUAACCCAAAUCGUUUUUACAAUAUAAUAUCGAUGGUUGUAAAGCCAAUUUGACUAGAACGACAUUAUUUCCAUAAAGUUGAAAUUCAUUUAAAGACGCAGAAAAAUACGCUGAAUACAAAUAUUAUGUGUACAAGUUAAUAGUGCGUAAAUUCGCUUUACCGCCUUUUUAAAUAAAGGAUCUUAAUCGCUUUUAUCGAUCGCGAAAAUAGACCAAUCAGAACAAAGCUUCUGACAUCCUUACAAAUGACUUUUUCUGAUUGGUUUGUUUUCGGGAUGAAAUUGGGGAUUAAGAUUGGGAUCGCUUGAUUAUUGAUUAACGGCCAUUAGUUAUUUAGCUUUACAAUCGUCGAUAUGUGAAAUUGUAACGUCGACCUCAAAUUAGAAAAGAAUUAGAAAAAGAUCUCGUUUUAAGUCUAUUUUGAUUAUUCUUUUGAACCCCAUGUUACUAUAAUUACGCGAUUUUACUUUCAGGCGAUAGAUAUUAAGAUUUACAUCACAUAUUUAUAUCUGCAGUGUUUUAGGAACAAAAUAAUAUGCUUAUUGUUUACAAUGUUAAUAACGAACAAUAAUAAUAAUAAUAAUAAUUAUUGAAAAAUGAUUUCUAUCUGAUUGGAAAUACUGAACAAAAUCACUUACGCGGUGGUAUAGAUGUAGAUAAAUUAAUAUUGUAAUAUCUAAAUAUCCUUCUACCAGUAUAGUAAUAUCAUCUUAAUAGCCGGUGUGAAGUUAGUCAAUUAACCAUCAUAGCUCUGUAUAAAUAAAAUUACACCUGUUGCUAGGUUCAGACCGGAUAUAUUUUGGUGAUAGCUAUAAGUCUUUUUAAACCUAUUUUCAUCAGAUCAACAACUGACUGAAUAAAUUAUAGUCAAUUUUGACUUGAUCUUUAAGGCUAUUUAUUGGGUAGUUCGUGACGCUCAACAUGUUUACAGCAAAAUUGCGUAACAUUAUGCCCGUAUGUACAAUUAAUAUACUUAUUUUGCCUAACAUGAUGCGGCUAACUUGUCUAGUAAAUACAUGACUUACUGCAAUUAAUGUUUUGUAUAGUGCGUAUGGAGGCGAGCCACUUAUUUGUGAUAUUUUAGUUUAAGCUGAAUGUAUUUUUUGCGUAUUAAAGUAUUUCACACGAGAAA